CUUCCAGUUUGCUUUUGAACUAUGUUGAAGUUCGCAAUCAAACGCAAAACUUUGGAACUAUUUCACGAAGCCAUCGACAACAAGGACUAUCUACGCACAAAAUUGCUAAUCGAGAAUUGUGAUAAGCAAAAGUUUGUCGUUGAUUCCUUGGAUUCCAACGGUCUGACAUCUUUGCAACGAAGUUGUUUUUUGGGAAACGUACGUAUCGUUCGCUUGCUUGUUGAAGCCGGGGCGAAUGUUUCUAUCAAAGAUAGCGAAGGAUGGACGGUGCUACAUGCUGCUUCAGUUGCGGGAAAUUACGCUGUUGUCAAGUAUCUUAUGAAAAUUGGGGUCGAUCUCGAAGCAAAGACAGAUCGUGGUGAAUUGGCGCUCAAUCUGGCUGAGAAGGACAAUGUUGUGUUGUUAUUGGUGAAAGGAAUGAUCCGUAAGGGACUAUAUGGGUACGUUAGGGUGUAUUUUAAAAACAAUCCCAAAACGUUCCAACGUAUCAUUGAUGACUUGAAGAAGAAAGAUAAACUGUGUAGUAGCCGUGUAAGACGUACGGCUGGACAACGUCCACAUAGUCUAGAACUUCCAAAGGUGUCGAAAGUAGCGGUUGAUCGUGAAAGUAAUGUGAAAAUUCCACGAAGCCCUGGUGAAGAAGGAGAACCACCACGUGGUACAUUCCGAAGGUCACUCAAAGGACGUCGACCAACACCAUCGCCUACCCGAUGUAUUGAUGAUGAUCUAUUAUCAGACGAUGAAGAGUUUGACCAUGAUCACGUGGUUCCAUUGAUGCCAUCAUGGAUGUCUUCAUCAAUGUCGUCAUCCUCCAUGUCAUCAAACUCUUCUAUGACACCAACAAUGCGAUCACGUGAUUGGCCUGAUGUGAUAUACGCGGCUCAUCGAAGUUCCCGUACGUCCUCGUCGUCCAGUCCUUCUGCCACAUCGAAAUGCGUAGAAUUUGUGGUUCCCCUUGGUGCCUGCGAUGUAUCGAAUGGCAGUGUAAAACAGGUGAGCAAAUGGAUUGAUUCUGGUCAAAUAAAGGUGAAUUCCUUCAAUCAGAAUGGUGUAACACCUCUACACCAGGCUGCUUACGCCAAUAACGUUCCAGUCAUUGAACUCCUUUUACGUCGUGGAGCAGACAUCAAUAGACAAUCAAUUGAUGGUUGCAGUCCCUUGCAUGCUGCUGUUCAAGGGGGGAGCACUCGUGCAGUGUUGGUGCUUGUUGAGUAUGGUGCUGAUUUGUUUAUUGAGAAUGAAAGUGGCGCGUUACCAAUUGAGGAGACUGAGAACGAGGGGAUUAUAGGCAUUCUUCAACAGGCCAUGACUCAUAAUUGAUCAUACUUUUUGCUUAGUUAUGUAAAGUAAACAGUUAAUUUUGGAAUUGAUGUUUAUCGUUGAAUUUUAAGAACUUUACUUCAAUCUUAAAGACGAGCAUGGCCGGAGUUCAUAACAGUACUGCCUGGGCAUCACAAAAUAUUUGAUACUGAAGGAAACAUUGACAUUUCAAGUCUCUGAUGUGAUGAUCAUCAUUGUGUGACUAUCACGUUUCAGAAGCUGACAAUGUUCAAAAACUCGUUUUUAUUGAAACUUGAAAUAUAUUUACGCACUCAAAUUCCUUUUUGAGUUGAUAAUGAUAACAGAAUUCCUGUUUAAUACGUUCUUAUAAGCUUUAAUAAUUAGCAGUUUUGUUUUGA